AUGGCCAACCCACCACAGCGCACACAGCAAGUGCCCCAACAUGUCACUGCCCUCCUAUCCCACCUCACCUCCCGCCCAGGAGUACAAUCAACCCUGAUCCUCUCCCGCAAAGACGGCUCCAUCAUCCAAACCACAGGGCAACUCGCCGCUCAAGAGAACACUCCUUCUCGAACUACACCACCCGCCUCAUCCACCACCGACCAGACCCAGACAACACAGCCCUCCGACUCGUCCCCGGCCACCCCAACCUCCACCACACCAACCACGUAUCAACCCUCGCAGGCAGAGGCGCUAGCCGCCCACAUCUUCAAUUUUGUCUCCAGCGCUUCUGCACUAGGCGUCUCGCUGGCUCGACCUCUUACCUCGCAGAACAGUGCUAAUGGCCAUUCUUCGAGCGGAUUGGAUGGGGAGUAUGGGAGCUAUGAGAAUGGGACGGGUUCGACCCCGCCGCGAGAAGAAGAUCAGGAUGGACAGGGGAUUGUUGUCGUGCCGGAUCGCAAGUAUCUUCUGUGUGUGGUGCAUGAUGCCGCGCAUGGAGGUGGUGGUCCUGGCGCUGGGGGUGCUCGGUCGUCGCGGUAA